CAAGCGGGAACACAGUGUCCUGGAGAGAGGUGUGAACCCCCCUUCCCUGCCCGAGAGUUCCAGGGGACACCCAUCUCAGCGGCAGAGCAAACGGCAAAGGAAGAGCUCUCUCCAGCUGGGCUUCUGAGCCACGGCCAGGGCGCUGGGCUCCGCAGGGCCAUCCUGCAUGCCUAAUCCGCUAUUUAAGGAGCUGCUCGCUUGCAGCCCAGGCACCACCCCCCUCCUCACGUACACCGGUUCAGAGCCACCUUAAAAGCGGGAGGCAACUGUGAAGUUGCUGGCCACUCCCAAAUUCCUGGUCCCUUGUGCACCACUGUGGAGAUAGUAUGUUGUUCCUCGCUCUCCUGUUAAAGGUGACUUGGAUCCUGGCUGCAGAUGGGGGUCACCACUGGACAUAUGAAGGCCCACAUGGUCAGGAUCACUGGCCAACCUCUUACCCUGAGUGUGGAGGCAACGCCCAGUCCCCCAUCGACAUUCAGACGGACAGUGUGAUAUUUGAUCCCGAUCUGCCUGCUGUGCAGCCCCAUGGAUAUGAGCAGCCUGGUACUGAGCCUUUGGAUCUACACAAUAAUGGCCAUACAGUGCAGCUCUCCCUGCCCCAUACCCUGCACCUGGGUGGGCUGCCCCGAAAAUACACAGCAGCCCAGCUCCACCUGCACUGGGGUCAGAAAGGAUCCCAAGAGGGCUCCGAGCACCAGAUCAACAGCGAAGCCACUGCUGCAGAGCUCCACGUGGUCCAUUAUGACUCGUCCUACGGCAGCCUGAGUGAGGCCGCUCAGAAGCCUCUAGGUCUGGCUGUCCUAGGCAUCUUAAUCGAGGUGGGCGAGGCUGAGAAUCCAGCUUAUGAUCACAUUCUGAGUCAUCUGCAUGAAAUAAGACAUAAAGAUCAGAGGACCUCAGUGCCUCCCUUCAGUGUGAGAGGGCUGUUCCCCCAACGGCUGGACCAGUACUUCCGUUACAAUGGAUCACUCACAACUCCCCCCUGCUACCAGAGUGUACUCUGGACAGUCUUCAACAGGAAGGCCCAGAUUUCAAUGGGACAGUUAGAAAAGCUCCAGGAGACGCUGUUCUCUACAGAGGAGGAGCCACCUGAGCCCCUUGUACAAAACUACAGAGUCCCCCAGCCUCUCAACCAGCGGGCCAUCUAUGCUUCUUUCAUCCAAGUGGGAACCCUGUAUACCACAGGAGAGAUGCUGGGUCUAGGUGUGGGAAUCCUGGCUGGAUGUCUCUGCCUUCUGCUGGCUGGCUAUUUCAUUGCUCGAAAAAUUAGGAAGAAGAGGCUAGGAAACAGGAAGAGUGUGGUCUUCACUUCAGCACGGGCUACCACAGAGGCUUAAACUCUGUCUCAAGAAGACAUGGAUGCCUUCCCUCACACCUGCUACGGGGUCUCUUGAAGGGGUGCAGGGACUAGACUACCAGUAGCAGGCAGAGAUAUGUCCUUCUAGACACCAUCUCCCCUCUCAUACACCAGAGAAGCAAGGACCCAGUUUAAGGAUGAGUGGAGUCUUUGGCCUUUCAAAUCAUGCAGGUCAGGAGGCCCCUGCUUUAAUGUUUAGCUGUGAAGAAGCUGAGGACAUGCCCUGAAACCCCUCACCUUCUCUGCCUUCCCUAGGUACACCUAGAUACAUGUUGUGAUAUUUUUCCUCUAGGAAAAAGAGCUGCUGCUGGAAUUUUAGUCUUUUUUUUUUUUUUUUUUUUUUUUGCUCAAUAUAUGUUUGAAAAUUCGAGUUUCUGACCUUAAUUCUGGCCUGUCUUUUGAGCUUUCAAGGAUGGGAGAGUUCUACUGUCCUCUGAGUGGUAGAGACAGACACAGAGAAAAAGAAAACUGGGUGAUUAAAACCUUGUAUCCUA